AGAAAGACCAUGAGACCUACAGAGAGACCUUCAGACCUGCACAAAGUCCAGACCUAUAUGACCGAUAUGAUGUGAUUGGUUGUUGCCACGGUAACAGAGUGGACAGAUCACCAGUUCUUCUACUUCCUGUCUUGGAGGCACACCUGCGGGGCCGUGACACAGGUGAGCAGCACUGAACUCUGUGAGCUGUGACAGGCUGGGAGGAGGAAGCUGCUGCUUAACAUCAAACCAAUUAGCAGUAAGUCUGGAUUAGAGGCAGCAGCUGAUCUGCUAAUUGGAUCACAGCUGAUCGGAGGUUGGAUGACAAGUCGCCGUUCACUCGCAUUCACACCUUUUCUUCAGUUUGGAGGAGCCGAGUGCUGAACCGACUGCACAGCUUUUAUGUGAAUAUUGGGUUGUGAUUUGAUGGCAGACUCCUCUGCCCCCCCAGCAUUAUGGACUGUCCUGACCUGCCACUCGGUCUUAUGGGUCUGAAUCCAGGAGUUCUGGCCGAGUCGUGUUCAGCUGCUUCUUUCUGGAACGGAUUAAAACUCUGAAACUCUGAACCAGAUUCUCGAACUGCUUCUUCAUCUCUGACAGAAAGUGAUUGUUGAUUUUGAGUUGACUGUUGGUCAGGCUAACAGGUUAAAAUGCCGUUCAUGCCAGUGAAGUUCAACCUGCAGAAGCGGGUGAAGCUGGCUCAGGGUCUGUGGAUGAUCUACUGGGUGUCAGUCAUCCUGGGGAUCCUCAUCUUCAGCCUCGGUAUCUUCUUCAAGAUCGAGUUGCGGAAGAGAAGUGAGAUGAUGGACAACAACGAGAGCCAUUUAGUGCCCAACUUGCUGAUCCUGGUGGGCAUGUUGGCCUGCGGGGUCAACGCGUUUGGAGGAAAGGUGUGCCACGACUCUCUGGACCCAAUCAAGUUCGCCAAGUGGAAGCCAAUGCUGAAGACGUACCUGCUUCUGUGCUGUGGUUUCAACGCGCUGCUGCUGCUGACGGUGGUUCUCUGCUUCAUCAUGCAGUUUGCCGUGUACCUGACGCUGGCCGAGGGCCUGAAGAACAGCAUCAAGUUCUACAAGGACACGGACACGCCGGGACGCUGCUUCAUGAAGAGGACACUGGACAUGACGCAGAUCGAGUUCCGCUGCUGUGGCAACAACAACUUCAGGGACUGGUUCGAAGUGCAGUGGAUCAGCAACCGCUACCUGGACAUGAGCAAUGACGCUGUCAAAGACCGUGUCCUCAGUAACGUGGAGGGAAAGUACCUAAUGGACAGCGUCCCAUUCAGCUGCUGUAACCCUGGCUCCCCGCGGCCCUGUAUCCAGCAUCACCUGACCAAUAACUCUGCCCACUACGACUACGACCAUCGAAUCGAGGAGCUCAACAUCUGGACCCGGGGCUGCCGUGAGGCCCUCUUCUCCUACUUCAGUGGCAUGAUGAACAGCAUCGGUAUACUCAUCAUCACCACCAUUAUCCUGGAGUCGGUCGACAUGGCAGGCUUGAAGUACCUCUGCACGGCUCUGGAGACGAUGGAGGACCCAGAGAACCCGGAGUGUGAGAGUGAAGGCUGGCUGCUGGAGAAAGGCGUGAAGGAGACGUUCAGUGAGCUGCUCUCCAAGCUGAAGGCGCUGGGAAAGACCAAUCAGGUGGACGAGGGCGGGGAUGCACAGGUGGCCACCUGAGAGCCCCCGCCCCCCACCAAGGACUGAGGUCUCCCCCUCUCUCCCCCACCUCCACCUGCCUCUCCCCCAGAAAACAGGGAGCGAGAGAGGAGAGGUCUUCACUGUCUAUACUUACACCAUGAUACGUGUUUAAAUCUACACGCACACACAUACACACAUGCACACACACAUACACACGUUUGAUGUUUCCUGUAAAUAUGUUGAACAGAGUUUAUUUUUAAAUCAGAGGAACAGAAACCUGCUGGGCUGGAAUUUCAAAUUAAAAGCACGUUCAGUUUAAUUAGCCCCCGCCCCCUCCUCGUUAAAGCUUCCUGUCAGACCCCACCAGGCCUGGAAGACUUGACACCAGUCUUCACCAGAGCCCGACCGAUACAUGACGACUGAUCCCCGAUCAGCUGAUAUCAAACAAUAUGGGAGAUGAUUGUAGUCCAGCAGAGAGCGUAAACCAGAUCUUUUCUAAAUUUGCCAAACGUGUUUGUUUACGUGGGAAACAAACAUCAGUGUUAUCAGCUGUUUUUACAUCCUCAUUCUGGUGUUUGUGUCUCAGACUUCGAGUAUCGGUCGGAUUCGGGUCUUUACCACCACUGUCUGACCUCUGACACAGGUGGUUGUCAUGGAAACAGACGGCCUAAACAUCCGAAAAACUGGACACGCUCAGUGCUGUCACUGUGAGGUAUAUACAGGUAUACACUGAGGUAUAUGCAGCUAUACACAGAGGUACAUACAGGUAUGUACAGAGGUAUAUACAGGUAUGUACAAAGUAUAUACAGGUAUACACUGAGGUAUAUG